AUGGCUACCCUUGCUGCUCAGUUGUCCGCCACUCACCAAGGUGUUAUCGACAACGCCCCUGCUCCUAUCUACGCCGCCAUCAAGGAGUCCAUUGACGGGAUCAAGUCCACCUUCGACAAGAGCGCUGCUAUCCAGGCCGGAACAACUCUCCCCAGCUUUAAGCUUCCCAAUGCCCUCGGCCAGGAGGUCACCAGCGAGAGCCUCCUCGCCAAGGGCCCCAUCCUGAUUACCUUUUACCGUGGUGACUGGUGCCCCUUCUGCAAUCUGGCUCUGCGCUCUCUGCAAACGCACUUGGAUGCCUUCAAGGCCAAGGGUGUCACCGUCGUUGCCAUCUCUCCUGAACUUCCCAACACCUCUCUGACAACUACUGAGAAGAACGAGCUCAAGUUCGAGGUCUUGUCCGAUGUUGGCAACAAGUUCGCUCGCCAGCUCGGCAUCGUCUGGGACCAGCCCCAGGUUGUCCAGACUGUCUUGGACGCCUUUUCCGUUGACCUGAAGGCUCGCAAUGGCGACGACUCAAGAGCUGUCCCUGUUCCCACCACUCUCCUAGUCGACACAAAGGGAGUUGUCAGGAACGUCCACACCGACCCCGACUACAUGCAGCGCCUCGAGCCCACCAUCGCGCUCGAAUGGGCUGAUGCUUUGUAA